AUGUGUGUGCUAAUUUCCAGCUUGCCCGCGUAUACACCAUCUCAAAAAAUUACAAUAGACGAAGGCAUGUGUAAAUUUCAAGGUCAUGUGUAUUUCAAACAGUACAUGCCACAAAAACCAAAUAAAUAUGGUAUGCAACUCUACAUGUUAUCCAAAUCUGACACAGGUUACAACUGGAAUUUCUCUGUUUAUGCGGAUGAAAGGUCUGAUACAGUGACUCUGGUAAAGACAUUGCUUGCAAAUCUGUCAGGAAAAGGCUACACUUUGUUUACAGACAGAUUCUACACAAGUCCAAUACUUGCUUCAGAACUGGAAGCUGCAAAAUCUGCUCUUGUGGGAACAACAAGAAAAUAUCGUUGGGGAUUGCCUUGUGCUAUAAAAGAUCCGAACCUUCAGUGA